UCGUCAUCAAUAAUAACAUACAACGACUUUCUACAAUGAUGGGACGGAUAGAAUGGGUAUUCUACCUCCUGAUACCGGCCUCGAUCCUCAUUCAUGUCUUUGUGGCACCAUAUACUAAAGUUGAAGAGUCGUUCAAUAUUCAAGCCAUUCACGACAUCCUAAUUCACGGCAUCCCGAACGAAAAUGCAGAGCAGUUUUUCACCGCGAAUUAUGACCACAUCUCUUUCCCAGGAUCUGUACCAAGAACAUUUGCUGGCGCCUUGAUUCUUUCGGGGUUGUCAAGGCCAUGGAUAUGGUUGGUUAGGUCACCCCAACAACUCCAGUUGCUAGUGCGCUCUGUUUUGGGGCUCUUAAAUGCGGCUGCUCUCGUAUACUUUGGUCAAGGCGUCCAAAGGGCUUUUGGGAGAAGCGCUGCGGUUUGGUAUGCGCUUUUCCAAUCGAGCCAGUUUCACAUAAUAUAUUACGCGUCUCGAACAUUGCCAAAUAUGUUCGCAUUUGUUUUCAGCACCAUAGCAUUAAAAGGCAUACUGGAUGCUCAUUCCAACCAAUUCAAACCUGGCAGUGCUGCAAGAAGCUAUCGACUGAGUCUUUACUUGCUUACCUUUGCUGGCGUCGUUUUCCGUUCCGAAUUAGCAAUAUUGGUAGGAACAUUGACCAUUUACCUACUAGCUACACGCCCGAUCUCGAUACCAAAAGUAAUCAUUCCAGCUGGUCUGGGUGGCCUCGUCAUGGGGCUGCUUUGUACUAUUCCCAUUGACUCCUACUUCUGGCAAUCAUUCCCCCUUUGGCCAGAAUGGAUUGCCUUCUACUACAACACAAUCGAAGGUCACUCUGCAGAUUGGGGAACCUCACCGUGGCAUUUCUAUUUGAUCAAUGCCCUGCCACGACUUUUGUUGAAUCCACUCACAUACCUGUUGUGCGUACCUGUAGCACUCGUCAACCCCGUUUCACGACAGCGAAGUCUGGACCUUCUGAUCCCCCUUCUGUCCUUCGUCGGAUUGUACAGCUUCCUUCCGCAUAAGGAGUGGCGCUUCGUCAUCUAUGUCAUCCCUGGUCUGACUGCUGUGGCAGCGGCUGGUGCGGCCUGGAUAUCAACCCGUAGCGCCAAGUCGGGUGCCUAUAAGCUCCUCACUGUAGGUCUGAUCGGGUCGAUCGUACUUUCAUUCGCUGCAUCUACUGCACUGCUCGGAAUCUCUAGCCUGAACUACCCCGGUGGGGAGGCACUUACGACUCUUCAUCACCAAUUGCCCCACCCAGAAGGCCGCCCAUUACGGGUAUAUCUAGACAACUUAGCAUGCCAGACCGGUGUGACGCGUUUUCUCGAGGUGCACAACGGACCCCAGACAGUCAUGGAUGUUUUGGAAGCACAAGAUUUCGCCAACCAUAAGUCUUGGGGUUAUUCGAAAACCGAAGACCCAGAGGUGCUACUCGAUCCCCGAUUCUGGGACAACUUCGACUACGUUCUCGCCGAGAGACCCGAGAAGGUGAUUGGAAGCUGGGAGGUUGUCCAUACGGUAUAUGGAUUCAGCGGCAUUAGUUUCCUUCGGCCUGGUGAGGGUCUUGGGAAAGGUUCUACUACCGACGAGAAUGCUGCUGCACAUUAUACAGACAGGGUAGCAGCGGUAUGGGCAACUUUGGAAGAAAAACUUAGAUACCCUCUUCUACGAGGCUAUUGGGUGAAGCUUAAUAUGCAGCCUAAGAUCAGAAUCUUGGCUCGAAGGCCAAUAGGAAUCUAAUGAGAGUAGGUAGCUAAGGCAAAAAAGCUCUGGAAUUGUUUCAAAGUUAUGACUAUGUGUAUGAAUAUAUCGUGG